AGGUUCCACAGCACCUGACUCACCCACCCACCGUCACCGCCACUCGCCCAGGGUGUUUGUCCUGAGAGCUGUGAGCUGACAGGGAGAGACAGUAGUGAAGCCAGGGGCUGACGGCGGAGAAGCGACCAACAGAGGCCAGCUGGGACAAAAGGAUAGCAGGGGGAGAGGACGGAGAACACGCGCACAGCGAGCAGGAGGAGAAGCCACACAGCCAGCAGGAGUUGUUAGCAGGAGGAGUGUUGACGUUUAACCGAAGAUGAGUACGUACACAGUGACUCUGAAUGGCCCCGCUCCAUGGGGCUUCAGACUACAGGGAGGGAAGGACUUCAACAUGCCACUCACCAUCUCCAGGAUAACUCCGGGCAGCAAGGCAGUGGGCGGCAGCCUGGCCCAGGGCGACAUCAUCUCAGCCAUCGAUGGGGUCAGCACCGAGGGGAUGACGCACCUGGAAGCCCAAAACAAGAUCAAGUUGGCCACCAACAAACUGUCGCUCACCAUGCAGAAAUCAAGACGUGCUACAGCAUUUCCCACAACAGCUGCAAGAAUGGACUCACCCAUGCCAGUCAUCCCCCACCAGAAGGUUAUCGCAAACACAGCCGCAAAUGUGGAGUACACCCCCAGCUUCAACCCCAUUGCUCUGAAAGACUCGGCCCUGUCCACCCACAAGCCCAUUGAAGUGAGGGGUCCGGGAGGAAAGGCCACCAUUGUUCACGCCCAGUACAACACACCAAUCAGCAUGUACUCACAGGACGCCAUCAUGGACGCCAUCGCAGGGCAGUCGCAGGCCAAGGGACACGACAGUGAGGAGGCGGGCUCCCCCUUGGCUGGAGCUCUGCCUGUCAAGGACCCUGUGGUAGACUGUGCGUCUCCGGUUUAUCAGGCAGUGAUCAGGCCAGGAGAGUCAAACCAGGAUAUGUCUGACUGGGCUCGUCGUGCUGCCAACCUGCAGUCCAGGAGCUUCAGGAUGCUGGCCCACAUCACUGGAACUGAAUACCUGCAAGACCCAGACGAGGAAGCCCUGCAGAGGUCAAGAGAGAAGUUUGAGUCGGAGGUGAAAGGGCCCCGCUUUGCCAAGCUGAAGAACUGGCACAACGGACUGUCUGCACAGAUCCUCAACGUCCAGAAUUAAGGAAAGCAGGAAAUAAUGAGAGAUGGGGAGGAGGAGGACAUGUGAAGGAAGACAUGGACAAAAAGCCUACGAGUUGACAGGAGAAGGGGAUAAAUUAUGGAGGGAUUAAAAAAAAAAAGAGCAGCAAGAGGAGGAAACUCCUCAGGAAUGUGAGAUAGUGUUGUAGCUUAGAUAGUAGAAUGUGAGAUACAAACUGUUAGUGUGAGAAUGCUACGUGUUCAUAAGCUCGAUAUUACCUGUUAAAUGUAUCCGUCUGCUGCUAAGACCUGAUCUCGCAUUUGGGUUUUUCCACAGGCUGUAUAUAAAGAUGGGCGCGACGUAACAGCUCCCCAAAAGUGAAGCCGAAACAUCUUGAUUGCCCCCUGGUGGCUGGCUGCAGUAUAGCUCAUAACCCUGCUCCCUCCGUGUUAGCAGAUAGGACAUUAGCCAAACUAAAAGAUCAAAGUACAUGUCAAAUACAUUUCUCAGUACUUCUUAUUGCGCUGAUAUUUGUUCAUGUGUUCAUUUGAAUGCUACGUUUGGUUUUGAUAAGUUAUUUAAUGCUAUAAUAUUGGGGGGGGUCACAUCAUGAUUGACAGCUGUGUGUGCCAAUCAGUGUGCUCAGGAUCAAUGGCACUACUCACGACUGGCUCAGAUGGCAGGAACUCGAUAAUGCAGAGAUCAUUACUAUGCAGACGCUGGCUCCAAAUUACUUUACAAGCGCAGGAUGCACAGCGCCCAUAUCCGAGAUAUUCUGGCUUCACUUUUGUGCAACGGGAGGAAACGGAGACGCGUUGUCCAGCUUUAUAUAACGUCGUUGGGUUUUUCUCUUUGUUUCCUGUUUGUUUUGGCUCUGUCUCUCCUAAACGAAAGGGAAAUUGUACAAAAAAAUAGUGAAAAUGCAGAACUGAUAUUUCUUUUAGUACAUAAACCGCAUUAACAAUGAGUUAUGGAUUUUAACACUAAGCAUGCUUGUGAGAAGGCACAUAAGGACAAAUACACACAUAGAGAUUUACCUAAAUGCACAAAUACAGUAUGUAAAAAAAUGCACUCAAAAAUGUACUUAUAUCAAUGUGAAUAAAUGUUUUCUUAAAACCAUAA